AUUUUUGUUCUGGGGUCUUCAGAAUGAUCUCUGAAGGUCUGGUGUGGCUGCAGUCUCUCAUUCCAGGCACACUUGAUAACUGAAUGGAGACUGAGAUGAACUGAUUAAACUGCUGAUGGAAGUCAGUUUGAAAUCUCGUGUAGAAGAUUGAAGACCCCUGCUUCAGAAUAACUUGUAAAUGAAUUCUAUCCCAUCCUCAGGUGUCCAGAUCAUGGACCCUAGAGAAAACACUCGAAUGCAUUGAGCUCAGCGGUUAUGGCCGUGUCGGGGAGGAUGCUGAAAACCUCCAGCAUCUUUCAGAGGCGUCUCUUUCAGCCACACGUCGCUGGUCCUUUUUCUGUGAACAUCAGGACUGCGUACGAGCGAGACUACCGUAGACCAGGCCAGGCUCCGGACACGCGAUGGCCCUGGCAGAAGAUCCACUUUGACUUCUCAAAGGGUGUGGACGGGGUAAAGAAGCACUUCGGGCUUCUGAAGGCCGAGUUCAUGGAGCGUUGGUCGGGGCCCGAGGGCCGUCCGCUGGAGGUGCAUAUGUUGGAGCAGACGCGCAUGCUGUGGGAGUUCCGUGGCCCCGAGUCACUCAGUCAGUGGGUGGUCAGCUCUGACCGGGAGAUCGGCGGCCGGAGUGAGGCGUACCUGAAACUGGGGAGGAAUAACUCCACCUGCAUGCUGUAUGGCUCUCUGUGCUCGAGCCCACCCCGGGACGGAGAGACACGCUACAGCGGAUACUGCACCAUGCGCUCCAAACAGCCUCAGGCUUCAUUCGACAGGAAGAAGCACUCCGAUUGGUCGAGCUUCAACACUUUGUAUUUGCGUGUCCGUGGGGACGGCAGGCCGUGGAUGGUGAACAUCUCAGCUGAGACUUACUUCUCUCACCAGAGAGACGACAUGUACAGCUACUUCCUGUACACACGAGGGGGUCCGUACUGGCAGGAAGUUAAGAUCCCUUUUUCUAAAUUCUUCCUCUCAAGCCGAGGGAGAAUCCAAGAUGACCAGCAUGCCCUGUGGUUGGACAAGGUGAACACCAUCGGCUUCACGCUGGGAGAUAAAGCGGACGGGCCGUUUCAGUUAGGGAUCGACUUCAUCGCUGUGUGUAUCGACCACGCUCACACAGAGGAGUUUGCCUAUGAACUGUACAAGAGGAACCCGGAGGUGUAACAGUGGUGAACCUUGAGCUUGAUGGAAAUCCCCCCCCCCAUUUCACACACAAAAAUACAGAAAGAUUUGUUUAAUAGUCAGUAAAGCAGUGCUUAAACAUCAACAACAUUGUUUUUCUCGAACAACAAAAUUAAUUCAGUCAUCCAUCCUGACUGGUUUAUAUACAAAGAUGGGGGAGGAAGGUUUUUUUUUUCCUCUUAAAAUGAGCUCACAGGAAUACAAAAUCCAGACAAACACUCACAAAAGACAGACAACAAGCAACAAAAGGUCCAAGUAACUACUGUUUCUUUUUUUUUUUUAAAGUAGGGAAGUUAAGCCAUCACCAGCCCACGUCUGGCACUGACAAUCUUCUCCUUCUUCUGCUUCCUGUCCUCAUUGUGCUUCAUGCGCCGCUUGUCUCUGUGAGAGUGAAGAAAUCAGAUCAUAAAUCAGCUGAAUGUGCGUUCUGAGUCUCAUCCAAUAAUCAGUCAACAACACAAUUAUGCGUCUGUUGUGGACGACGAUCCGAAGUGAAAUGAUGCCUUGAAUGUGAAACUGACUCCAGAGACGUUGUGAAAGAAUAUUUAUCUCGCACUCGAGACCAGCGAAAAGGCUCAUUUCGGACAAAUCUUUCCUCAUGGGUGUGUAAACUUUUGCACCCAACCCAAAUUAUUGUGGAGGACAGCUGACAUAAGCGUCUUCCACAUUGUCCAUGUAAUUAUAUUGAGGUUUAUGUUCUAAAUUGUGAUUUAAAAAUGCUUAUUUUCCUUCUUAUUCAUUUUUUCAACUUGGCAUUAGGUGCGUGUGUGUGUGCGCGCGUGUGUAGAUUUCCCGCCCCCCGCUCAAUCGCAGCAUCUCACUGACCGCGUCUGCACUUGGUGCUGUUUGUAGUUUUUCUGGCGAGAAGGACUUGCUUGCGACUUGUCCAGUGCUGCGUUUGCCGCCAUCUCUCCAAAUGGCUUCAGCUUUCCUACACACAUGGAAGAUUUAAUAAAAAAAUUUAAAAAGGGGGGGGGUGGUGUUUCAAAACAUGUGGAAUUGUGUCACAGCUCAGAGCACACAUCACCAGCACAUCUUCAUGCACCGGAUGCUGCAAUGAGAUACAAGCCGCUAAUGAGGCAAACUCAUUUUUGUAGAAGUUCAAUGCCUGAGGUUUUAUUUUUUUGCAAUCCCCAUUUUGAAAAUAAUAAAAAGUUCCUCACUCACCUUUGUGGGGUUUGUAUGUGAGCGGGCGAGAGAGGCUCGCUUUCAGAUUGAACAUGUUUUUCUUGUUAGUUGACGGAGGGCCAGAAGCAGCGCUGAAGAUGAAUGGAGUCGAUCCUGAGAAAGAAAAAGCAGACACAUUAUUUAAAGCACCAUGACGAUUCAUCUCCCUUUUUUCCCCACGUUCUGUUCUGACCUGGAGUUUUGUUGACGGGAGCAGCGUUCUUGUUCGCGUGGAUUUCAGACUUCCUGCCCGGAGUGGGAGUGAGAGGAAGCAUGGGAGACAUACGGGCCGGAGUCUUCACCAGAGAGCGCUUGUGCUCGUUGUCCUGCGUGGUUUGGGAAAACCUAAAAGACAAAAGAAACCACCAUAAUGUACUUUAGCUCAUCGCAUCAGCAUGCAGUAUUCCCACUGAUAACAGCCACAAUGCCAUGAGCUGGGCCAAGUUCCUGACCUGACGUUGACUUUGUUGGUUGCGAGAAUGGAUGGCCUGAAGGGGGCGUUGUUCUUUAUUGCUGGCUUGCUUGCCUGAGUGACCCUGCGCUUCUCCACUUUCUUCUCCGGCACUCCUGGGCUGAACAGCGAGGCUCGGCUGACUGGCGGCUUCUGCAAAAACAACCGUUUGAGAUUCAGGAAGGGUUUUUUUUAAUUUAAAAAAAAAAAAAAAAAAGUGUGUAUGCGCUGAGAAAAGUGAAUAAACUGCACGUACAGCAUGA